GUCCCGGACUUCUGUCCAUCUCUAGCUCCUCCUCUACUCCAAGACCAAUGGAAACGACAAGUGUUGCGACUGCGGCGCGCCGUCGCCUCAAUGGGUAUGCCCCUCCCGAUCCGCCUCGCACCCUCGCAAUAACCCUCCUCGCAACGAUCCCCUCCCAAUAACACCACCUCCGCGAUAUCACCGCUAACACCAUCUCCAUGCCAGGCGUCCCCCAAAUUCGGAACCUUCAUCUGCCUCAACUGCGCCGGCACCCACCGCGGCCUAGGCGUGCACAUCUCCUUCGUCCGCUCCAUCACCAUGGACGCCUUCAAGACCUCUGAAAUCCUGCGCAUGGAAAACGGCGGCAACGAGCCGUGGAUCUCCUUCUUCGACGCCCACCCCAUCACCCAGUCCGAGGGCCGCACCUUCGAGGACUCCACCAUCAAGGAGCGCUACGAAGGCGAGGUCGGCGAGGAAUGGAAAGAGAGACUCGCCGCCAAGGCCGAAGGCAGAGAGUACGUCCCCGGACAAAGCCCCCCACAACCCCAGCAGCCGAAGAAGAAGCCCGCCGUGGACCCGUCAUCACGGUCAAGCACGCCCCUCGCCGCCGCCGGCGGACGGGGCUCGCCCGCGUCCCACGACGGCGUGUAUUUGACCAAGAAGGAGCGCAACGAGGCGUACUUCGCUCGAUUGGGCGGCGAGAACUCCUCGCGCUCGGAAUCCCUGCCCCCGUCGCAGGGUGGGAAGUUCACCGGCUUCGGCGGCGGCAUGCCUGCGGCCCCUGCGUCCAAGUCGUCUUCCUCCAGCGGCGGCGCGAUCCCCGGCUUCGACGACUUCCAGAAAGACCCCAUGGCUGCGCUGACCAAGGGCUUUGGAUGGUUCACCAACACAGUUGGAAAGGGCGCCAAGACCGUUAACGAUUCGUAUAUUCAGCCUACCGCGAAGACGAUAGCGGAAUCCGACUUCGCCGCCCAAGCCCGUCUCCAGGCCGCCCAACUCGGCCAGAACAUGGGCCAGGGUGUCCGCGGCGCAGCGGACCAUUUCACCCGGUUCGUAGAAGGACCCGACGAGGCGGCGGCUGCAGCCGCGGCGCGACGCGGACGGGCCGCCGAGCCCGCCCCCGAACGGAAAGAUUUCUGGGACUCGUUUUCCUCCCUCGCGGGGGAGGAUAGUCAUCGGCGGAACGCCUCGCGGUCGAGCGCCAUCGGCACAGCGGCAAUGAAGCCCGGACCGGGCACUUCGGCAGCGUCUCCCGCUGCGGCGGCGGCGGGAUCAGGGUCGGGGGCGUCUGCGAGGAGAACGUCAGCUGCGGCGGCGGCGGGGAGGAAGGAUUUGGAUGAGGGGGGGUGGGGGGAGGAGUGGUGAUUCGAGUACUACUAUUGGGUUAUAUCACCAUCACCA